CAUUCAGUUUCGAAGAGUCGUGCAACGAGAGCAGUUGAAACCAUUGUCUUUAAACAAAUUCUGCGCUGUGUCUGAGUCUGGAGUUUUUCUGUGUGUAUAACUUACGUGGGCAGCAGCAGAAGUCGCACCAUGAGAAUUAAUUGCAACGCGCUUUUCCUGGCAUCGCUAGUGACUUGGUCGGGGGUGAUGUGCAGCACGGUACUGGGCACCACAGAAGGCCAGGAAACACCUUUGGCCCUUCCUGUGGCGGAGCAGACGCAGCCCACUACAGCCAUACAAGGAGAAGUAUGGGAGGAGGACGAUCACGAAGUGCUUAUAAGAAAUGAACGUGGCACCAAGAGCGACGGUCUGUCUUGUCGAUAUGGCAAAAAUCCGUGGACUGAGUGUGACACCAAAACCAAUACGCGUUCAAGAACAUUGACAUUAAAGAAGGGCGACCCGGCAUGCGACCAAACGCGAACCAUUCAGAAGAAAUGUAAAAAAGCCUGUCGAUAUGAAAAGGGAUCUUGGUCGGAAUGUGCAACCGGACAAAUGACUAGAGCUGAUAAGUUGAAAGCGAGCAGUGAUCCGUCCUGCGAAGCCACGCGGGUCAUCAAGAAGAACUGCAAGCCCGGAAAGUCCAAGGACAAAAGUGCCAAGGAGCAGCGGAAGAACAAAGAUAAAGCUGCUCGCAAAGGACGCGUUUAAGUGAUAUCGAACUCGAUUAUUUUAAAUUCCAGUGUUAUUUUGUUUGACUCCAAUGCAAAUAACUAUAAUUGAUUUUUUUAAUUCAAAACUGAAAAAUCGUAACGACGUUAACUGUCUGCUAUGUAUACCCAAAGGCAUUUAAAUAAAAUGCACACAUUAAUUAAUGUUGUAGUUUGAUUUACAAGCAAACGAAACGAUAACCAUAAUAUAAACGAAAGCUGUACGACGUAAUAGAAACCUUGCGGAGUCUAAAAUAUGUAUGCAAUGCAGAAUAAGAUAUAUUCAUACAAUACCAUACCAUACCGACAUAAAUACCGACUUAUUUAGUUUAUUACCCAAUGAAAAUCAUAUGUACAUCCAAGCCAACACCUAUUACCAUUUUAUCUGAAAUGAUGAAAUCUGUAAGGGCAGUUGCCGUAUUGAAAUAAAGGAUAAUUCUUAAAUACAGCCUCCUAGACUGCGUGGCUGUUGGGUCCCCUUCAUACACUUAGCAGAGUUGUUCUUCAAUGGAAUUUAAAUAAUAUUAACCGUAAAAUCGGAAUGAAACCCAAAUAAAUAAGAUAUACUGAAAACAUUUUUUCAUUCACAGCUAACAAAUAAAUAAAACACUUAGUGUAAAUAUUGUAAAAAUAAUGACAUACUGUAGAGGAAAAAUUUCUGAAAGACGAAGAAUGAGACGCGACGGUCUAAACACAGAUCCAUCGUAGUUGCAGUGUAGGCAAUUGGCAUUUUAAAGUAGUUUACAACUCACUUCUACCGGGUACAAUUAACAUAUAAAUUUGGAAGUAUGAUUCCCAAAACUAAUAUACAAGUCGAAAUGCAGACAUACUUACAUACUUACAUUCAUAUAUAUUCUGAUCAAAAACUUACCAUUUCAAAGAUGUGGUUUAUCUUUUUAAUAAACACGUACAUAUAUAAACUUAGAGCGUUAACUACGAAUUAAUGUAUCUAUCUGUAAGCAGUUUUACAACCAUACCCGUGCAUUCACAACUACGAACGACGAAGUCGAGGAGAACAACAGCUCAGUCACAGCAUUCAAAUUCAUAGUAUGAAUUUUAUACACAUCAUCCGUAGGGGCAGUUAUCUUCUUUAAGUCUUUGAAUUCCGUAAGGAACAGCAUGAAAGCGACUCCCCCAAAGGGAAGUGAAAUUUGUUUACGUACGUAUACAACACAAGAAAAAGUAAAUGAACUUUAAUAAAUACAGAUAUUACGAAAU